CCGAGGGGCGGGCCCUGCCGAGCCCGAGUCCGCGGCAGCGGCUGCGGGAACUUUCCCGGCGGGUCUAAUGGCUGCGCGCGGGCCGCUGUGAGGCGCGGCGGCGAGCGGGCGCGGGGCCGCGGAGCAGUGAGGAGCGACGAGCGCGAGGCCGGAGCCCCGGCCAGGCCCGGCCCGACCCGCCGAGCCCGCGAUGCGCCCCGGGGCCGCCCCCCGGCGCAGCUGACGCCCGCGGCCCCGCGGACCCCGGCCCGGCCCCGCAGGAAGCGGCGCCGCCGCCCAGCCCAGCGCCCGCGCCGCCCGGCACGAUGGCGGGGAAGGCGGCCGCCCCGGGCACCGCGGUGUUGCUGGUGACGGCCAACGUGGGCUCGCUCUUCGACGACCCAGAAAACCUGCAGAAGAACUGGCUUCGUGAAUUUUACCAGGUUGUGCACACGCACAAGCCCCAUUUCAUGGCCUUGCACUGCCAGGAGUUCGGAGGGAAGAACUACGAGGCCUCCAUGUCCCACGUGGACAAGUUCGUCAAGGAACUACUCUCAAGCGAUGCAAUGAAAGAAUACAACAGGGCUCGAGUCUACCUGGAUGAAAACUACAAGUCACAGGAGCAUUUCACGGCACUAGGAAGCUUUUAUUUUCUUCAUGAAUCCUUGAAAAACGUCUACCAGUUUGACUUUAAAGCUAAGAAGUAUAGGAAAGUCACUGGCAAGGAGAUCUACUCGGACACCCUGGAGAGCACCCCCAUGCUGGAGAAGGAGAAGUUCCCACAGGACUACUUCCCCGAGUGCAAAUGGUCAAGAAAAGGCUUCAUCCGGACGAGGUGGUGCAUUGCUGACUGUGCCUUCGACUUGGUGAACAUCCAUCUUUUCCAUGAUGCAUCCAACUUAGUAGCCUGGGAGACAAGCCCUUCCGUGUACUCGGGCAUCCGGCACAAGGCCCUGGGCUAUGUGCUUGACAGAAUCAUCGACCAGCGAUUCGAGAAAGUUUCCUACUUUGUCUUUGGCGACUUCAACUUCCGCCUGGAUUCCAAGUCCGUCGUAGAGACCCUCUGCACCAAGGCCACCAUGCAGACUGUCCGGGCUGCUGACACCAACGAGGUCGUGAAGCUGAUAUUCCGGGAGUCAGACAAUGACCGAAAGGUGGUGCUCCAGCUGGAGAAGAAGCUCUUCGACUACUUCAACCAGGAGGUCUUCCGGGACGACAACGGCACUGCGCUCUUGGAAUUUGACAAAGAGUUGUCUGUCUUUAAGGACAGACUGUAUGAACUGGACAUCUCAUUCCCCCCCAGCUACCCGUACAGCGAGGACUCCAGGCAGGGUGAGCAGUACAUGAACACCCGGUGUCCAGCAUGGUGUGACCGCAUCCUCAUGUCCCUGUCAGCCAAGGAGCUGGUGCUCAGAUCUGAGAGCGAGGAGAAGGUUGUCACCUAUGACCACAUCGGGCCCAACGUCUGCAUGGGAGACCACAAGCCCGUGUUCCUGGCCUUCCGAAUCGCGCCCGGGGCAGGUAAACCUCAUGCACGUGUGCACAAGUGUUGUGUCGUGCAGUGACGUGGUGGGAAGAGUGCCAGCGCAAGGAGAGGGCCCUCCGCGAGACCUCCCUGUAGCAGCGUCUGAACUACGCCUGCAGCAGCAGCAGAACCCGCCAGCAGCACCGCUAGAUGGCCGGCCCCACACUUCGCUUCCGCCUCCGGACCAC